UCAGCUGUACAAACAGAAUACAGAAUCCAAGCCAUGGCGUCGUCCAUAAGCUGCUCAGCCGAUCAGCUGGCUCCGCUUCUGGGACCGAACGCCACCGCAGCCGCCGCCUACAUCUGCGGCCAGUUCUCCGGCGUCAACACCGCGCUCGUCAACACCGGCUUUGCCGUCGACUCCACUUAUCUCCUCUUCUCGGCUUACUUAGUCUUCUCCAUGCAGCUCGGCUUCGCCAUGCUCUGCGCCGGCUCCGUCCGCGCCAAGAACACUAUGAACAUCAUGCUCACUAACGUCCUCGACGCCGCCGCCGGCGGCCUCUUCUACUACCUAUUCGGCUUCGCCUUCGCCUUCGGCACCGGCGGCAACUCCAACGGCUUCAUCGGCCACCACUUCUUCGGCUUGAAGAAUAUCCCCGAUGGAGCCGCCGGCUUCGACUACAGCAACUUCCUUUACCAAUGGGCUUUCGCUAUAGCCGCCGCCGGCAUCACCAGCGGCUCCAUAGCCGAGCGGACCCAGUUCGUGGCGUACCUAAUCUACUCGGCUUUCCUCACCGGCUUCGUUUACCCGGUCGUCUCCCACUGGUUCUGGUCCGCUGACGGUUGGGCCAGCCCGUUUAACAACGACAAUCUCUUAUUCGGAACCGGAGUCAUUGACUUCGCCGGUUCGGGCGUGGUUCAUAUGGUGGGCGGAAUCGCCGGUCUAUACGGAGCACUUAUUGAAGGUCCUAGGAUCGGCCGGUUCGACCGGUCCGGUCGGUCCGUUGCGCUACGUGGCCACAGUGCUUCGUUAGUCGUUCUAGGAACCUUUCUGUUAUGGUUCGGGUGGUACGGGUUUAACCCCGGUUCGUUUAACAAAAUUCUAGUCCCGUAUCCCGACGCCGGCGACGCCUAUUACGGCCAAUGGAGCGCCGUGGGCCGCACCGCCGUGACCACCACUCUAGCCGGAUGCACGGCGGCGCUCACGACGUUGUUCGGAAAACGGAUUUUGUCCGGGCAUUGGAACGUGACGGACGUCUGCAACGGGCUGUUGGGCGGAUUCGCCGCCAUCACCGGCGGGUGCUCCGUCGUGGAGCCGUGGGCGGCGAUCAUCUGCGGCUUCGUGGCGGCGCUGGUGCUGAUCGGCUUCAACAAGCUGGCUGAGAAAGUGAAAUACGACGACCCACUAGAGGCGGCGCAAUUGCACGGCGGGUGUGGAGCGUGGGGAAUCAUUUUCACCGCACUUUUCGCCAAGGAAAAGUAUGUGAACGAGGUUUACGGGGGGAAAGCGGGUCGGCCUCACGGGCUGUUCAUGGGCGGCGGCGGGAGGCUUCUCGGGGCGCACGUGAUCCAGAUUUUGGUGAUAUUCGGGUGGGUCACCGCCACCAUGGGUCCGCUCUUCUACAUUCUUCAUAAGCUGAAACUUCUCCGGAUCUCCGAGGAAGACGAAAUGGCGGGUAUGGAUAUGACCCGACAUGGAGGGUUUGCGUAUGUUUACCACGAUGAAGAUGAUCACAAAUCAGGGAUCCAAAUGAGGAGGAUUGAACCCGCAGUUCUUCCAAGUUAGAAGAAUUUUCAAUUCCUAUAUUACUUUUUUUUUUUACGUCCUUUCAUUUUCAUUAGAAUUUUCAACGUUUGGAAAAUAGUAUGCAUAGUAGAAUUAUGAAGUUUUAAAAUUCAAAAGAAAAAAAAAUGGGUAGUUAUCAUGGGAAUUGAAAAUUCUUAUUAAUUAUUAUAUUGUUGUGGUUGUGGGUGAAGAUAAUGUGUACUGGUUAUUCAUGAAUGUCUUACUAUUCCUGUGUAAGCAAAGACUUUUCUCUUUCUUUCUUUCU